UGUCGGCCGUCCUCCGCUGGUCUGCUGGGGGCUUCUAUUCUGUUUGGUCUGGCAUGAACCGUCCCGCUCGAUCCGCGGAUAUAUAAAGGAGGGCUCGAGCUGUUCACUGCAGUUUCUCUUGACGUGUCUUACGAAACAAUCUACAUCCAUUAUGUCUGGCAGAGGUAAAACCGGCGGAAAGGCCAGAGCGAAGGCAAAGACUCGCUCUUCCCGCGCUGGGCUCCAGUUCCCCGUCGGCCGUGUUCACAGGCUGCUGCGUAAAGGCAACUACGCACAUCGUGUUGGUGCCGGCGCCCCCGUCUACCUGGCGGCUGUGCUGGAGUACCUCACCGCUGAGAUCCUGGAGCUGGCUGGAAACGCCGCCCGCGACAACAAGAAGAGCCGUAUCAUCCCCCGCCACCUGCAGCUGGCCGUCCGCAACGACGAGGAGCUCAACAAACUCCUGGGCGGAGUGACCAUCGCUCAAGGCGGCGUGCUGCCCAACAUCCAGGCUGUUCUUCUGCCCAAGAAGACCGAGAAGGUCCCCAAGUCCAAGUAAAGCAAAGCUUCUGGAAACCACCGACACAAAGGCUCUUUUAAGAGCCACACACUCUCCUCCAAAGAGCAAAACUCCUCAUAUCACCCAUCAACUUAAACUAUACACAAAAGACGUUUUUAGAUUGGAUUCAACUUUUUUGUCAUUGCACAGUACAAGUGCUUGUUAAAAACCAAAUGCAGUUUAGCAUAUAACCAGAAGCGCAAUAAAAGGCAGUAAUAGUGCAGAGUGCAUAUUUAAAGUGAAGUGACAUUUGUUAAUACAUAAGAUAUGUACAGUGAUAAAUAUAUAUGGAAUAGUGCAGUAUUUAGAGGUAUUUUGUGAUAUAAGGACGAUGAAUACACUAUGAGCAAGAUACAUAUAUAUGCAUAUAUCUAUAUAAAUAUGAAUACACUAUUGGAUGCAUAAAAGAUACAAACUUCAAAUUGCAGUACAUCGAAGGUACAUGGAUCCUUGGCAUACAUCUCUCAUGAUGGACGGUAUGACUGCAAAAACAACACAUACUAUCUUCUUAAUGAAAUAGAAACUACUGUGGGUAGAAUAAAUUGAAUGCAACAUUCACCCUCUUUACAUUUGUCAUUAUGCAAAUCUAGGGUGAGAAGUAAACAUAUCUAUUGGUUACACAUCUUACAAACUAUUAUAUGAUAGUAAUGUAGUCAUAAACAAUCACUCUGGUACCUUUGCUUAAUCUGUAACAUGAGCUUUUAAAAGUUAGGUGCCGUGUGUCCGGUCACAUGUUGGAUUAAAGACGUA